GUGUCCCCGGACCGGGGAGGAGGGGCAGUGGCGAAGGUUGGGCGAGUUGACGAGCGCCGCGUUCACAUAGGAACUGGUCGCCGAGGGUCCUCUUUAGCAGGAUGAAGUUAAAGGAAGUAGAUCGCACUGCCAUGCAGGCAUGGAGUCCUGCCCAGAAUCAUCCCAUUUACCUAGCUACAGGAACAUCUGCUCAGCAAUUGGAUGCAACGUUUAGUACCAACGCUUCCCUUGAGAUAUUCGAAUUAGACCUUUCUGAUCCAUCCUUCGAUAUGAAAUCUAGCGCCACUUACUCUUCUUCUCACAGGUACCACAAGUUGAUUUGGGGACCUCAUAAGAUGGAUUCAAAAGGAAAUAUCUCUGGAGUUCUGAUUGCAGGUGGUGAAAAUGGGAAUAUUAUUCUCUAUGAUCCUUCUAAAAUUAUUGCUGGAAACAAAGAAGUGGUGAUUGCUCAGAAUGACAAGCAUACUGGCCCAGUGCGAGCCUUAGAUGUGAACAUUUUCCAGACUAAUCUUGUAGCCUCUGGUGCUAAUGAGUCUGAAAUCUAUAUUUGGGAUCUAAACAAUUUUUCAACUCCAAUGACACCGGGAGCCAAAACACAGCCCCCAGAAGAUAUCAGCUGCAUUGCAUGGAACAGACAGGUUCAGCAUAUUUUAGCAUCUGCAAACCCUAGUGGCCGAGCUACUGUGUGGGAUCUUAGGAAAAAUGAACCUGUCAUCAAAGUCAGUGAACACAGUAACAGAAUGCAUUGCUCUGGAUUGGCAUGGCAUCCUGAUGUUGCUACCCAGAUGGUCCUUGCCUCUGAGGAUGAUAGAUUACCUGUGAUCCAGGUGUGGGAUCUUCGAUUUGCCUCCUCUCCACUUCGUGUCCUUGAAAACCAUGCCAGGGGGAUUUUGGCAGUUGCCUGGAGCAUGGCAGAUCCUGAAUUGUUGCUGAGCUGUGGAAAAGAUGCUAAAAUUCUCUGCUCCAACCCAAACACAGGAGAGGUGUUGUAUGAACUUCCCACCAAUACACAGUGGUGCUUUGAUAUUCAAUGGUGUCCCCGGAACCCUGCUGUCUUAUCAGCUGCUUCCUUUGAUGGGCGUAUCAGUGUUUAUUCCAUCAUGGGAGGAAGCACUGAUGGCUUAAGGCAGAAACAAGUGGAUAAGCUUUCCUCAUCUUUUGGAAAUCUGGAUCCCUUUGGCACAGGACAACCCCUUCCUCCAUUACAAAUUCCACAGCAGACUGCCCAGCAUCAUAUAGUGCUGCCUCUGAAGAAGCCACCCAAGUGGAUCCGAAGGCCUGUUGGUGCUUCCUUUUCUUUUGGAGGCAAACUGGUUACCUUUGAGAAUGUCAAAAUGCUGUCUCAGCAAGGAGCUGAACAGCAGCAGCAGCCCCACCAUGUGUUCAUUAGCCAAGUCGUAACUGAGAAGGAAUUUCUCAGCCGGUCUGACCAACUUCAGCAGGUCGUGCAGUCACAAGGAUUUGUUCAUUAUUGUCAGAAAAAAAUUGAAGCUUCUCAGACGGAGUUUGAGAAAAAUGUUUGGUCCUUUUUGAAGGUAAAUUUUGAGGAUGAUUCUCGUGGAAAAUACCUUGAACUUCUAGGAUACAGAAAAGAAGACCUAGGAACAAAGAUUGCUUUGGCCUUGAACAAAAUGGAUGGACCUGACGUGGCUCUUAAAGACUCUGACCAAGUAGCACAGAGUGAUGGGGAGGAGAGUCCUGCUGCUGAAGAGCAGCUCUUGGGAGAGAGAAUGAAAGAAGAAAAACAAGAAUCUGAAUUUUUAUCCUCAGCUGGAGGAACAUUUAAUAUUUCUGUUAGUGGGGACAUUGAUGGCUUAAUUACUCAGGCUUUGCUGAUGGGUAAUUUUGAGAGUGCCGUUGACCUUUGUUUACAUGAUAACCGUAUGGCAGAUGCCAUUAUAUUGGCCAUAGCAGGUGGACAAGAACUCUUGGCUCGAACCCAGAAAAAGUACUUUGCAAAAUCCCAAAGCAAAAUUACCAGGUUGAUUACUGCAGUGGUAAUGAAGAACUGGAGAGAGAUUGUUGAAUCCUGUGACCUUAAAAAUUGGAGAGAGGCUUUAGCUGCAGUAUUGACUUAUGCUAAACCAGAUGAAUUUCCAGCCCUCUGUGAUCUUUUGGGAACUAGGCUUGAAAGUGAAGGUGAUAGCCUCCUGCAGACUCAGGCGUGUCUCUGCUAUAUCUGUGCAGGGAAUGUAGAGAAGCUAGUUGCAUGUUGGACUAAAGCUCAAGAUGGAAGCAACCCCUUGUCCCUUCAGGAUCUGAUAGAGAAAGUUGUCGUCCUACGAAAAGCUGUACAACUCUCUCAAACCAUGGACACUAAUGCAGUAGGGGUUCUUUUGGCUGAGAAGAUGAGUCAAUAUGCCAAUUUACUAGCAGCCCAAGGCAGUAUUGCGGCAGCCCUGGCUUUUCUUCCUGAAAACACCAACCAGGCAAACAUUGUGCAGCUUCGUGACAGACUUUGUAGAGCACAAGGAGAGCCUGCAGCAAGACACGAAACAUCCAAAAAUCCUUAUGAGAGGCAACAGCUGCUCAAGGGCAGGUCUGGGCAAACUGCUGGCCAUACACAGAUGCCAAGAGUUCCAGCUCAACAAUAUUAUCCUCAUGGAGAAAACCCUCCACCUCCAGGUUUUGUAAUGCAUGGAAAUGUCCGUCCAAAUGCUGCCGCUCAGCUGCCCGUAUCUCCAGGUUCUAUGCACACCCAGGUACCACCUUAUCCACAGCCACAGCCUUAUCAACCAGCCCAGCAGUAUUCCUUUGGAACGGGGGGUUCAGCAAUGUAUCGACCUCAGCAACCUGUCGCUCCUCCUGCUUCAAACACUUACUCUAACACCCCUUACAUAUCUUCUGCUUCUUCCUAUUCUGGGCAGUCUCAGCUAUAUGCAGCACAGCACCAGAUCUCUCAACCUACCUCCAGCCCUGCUGCUGCUUUCCCUCCUCCCCCUUCCUCUGGAGCAUCCUUCCAGCAUGGCGGUCCAGGAGCUCCACCAUCCUCUUCAGCUUAUGCACUGCCUCCUGAAACAACAGGUACACUGCCUGAUGCCAGUGAGCUGCCUGCGUCCCAAAGAACAGGUCUGCGCUUGAAAGGGAUUGGCUGUUACACAAAGCUGUCACCAACAAUCAUCAGUGGUUUACACAACAUUGCGAGGAGCAUUGAAACGCGAAACUACGCAGAAGGAUUGACCAUCCAUACCCACAUAGUCAGCACCAGCAACUUCAGUGAGACUUCGGCUUUCAUGCCUGUUCUCAAAGUUGUUCUCACCCAAGCUAAUAAGCUGGGUGUCUAG